CCUUAGGUAAUCUUCCUUACUUGGUGUUGCAUAUAUAUUUUACAAGUAUACCUAAUGUACCCGUUACGUACCGCUCGGAUGGUCCUACUUGCAUAAGCCGUUGGCAUUCGGUAUCCGAACGUCCCCGAGGUCCCGAAAAGCUAACGUCUACUCUAACAUCCCCACGUCCAUUCCCUAUUACAUCAUACCGGUCCGAUAUGCAGGUACAAUUUAUCCCAAAGAAUUAACUACGGCAUCAUUUGAGACAGGACCAGGCUGCAGGCAUACCGACCAGGUUUCUCACCUAAGCCUCAGGGGUAUUCACAUGUCUACGUGGAUGCGUGCCUAGAGUCGAGAGGCCUCCUAAUAACAUGGCGAUACACGUGAAAAAGUUGGGCUGGCUCGCAAUUUUCGUUGUUAUUUGUUUUACGCUCUUCUGGGGUCGGACAUUCUAUACAACGACGAGGCUCUCGGAUCAAUUGUGCUCAAUCCUAGGAACGUGCAAGGCCGAUACUUCAAAGUCCUUCUCAGUCCAAGAUACGCCCAUCACGCUUGAGGGCUAUGGAAAUUUCACUGGGAGACCGGUAAAAACCACACUGAGCGGUGCUGCGUUCUCGCACCCAGUUGAUGCUUGGCUCGGUAUUGAUUAUGCAACUCAACCCGUGGGGGAAGGCCGUUUUAAACCCAUCGACUGGCCAGCUCCAUUCGACGGCGUGAAAGCAGCCACGACAUACGGGAAGGCGUGUAUUCAAGAUCCCAAAUACGUGAGCCUAGAAGCUCAGGGGGAGGCUUGUCUCAAUUUCAAUGUGUACCGGACGCAGGGUGUUCCACUAAGUAAAAAACUUCCAGUUUUCGUCUAUAUUCACGGAGGCAGUUUCAAUUUCGGCAGUAGUAAGAGUCUAGAUGGGGCCGCAUUCGUCGCAUCGUCCAAGGCGCCAAUAGUCGUUGUGAGUUUUCACUACCGCCUCAAUUCGCUUGGCUUCUUGCCCUCCGUAAUGUUCAGUAAAGAAGGCCUCCUCAACCUUGGUUUGCGAGAUCAGUACUUCUUUUUGAAGCACUUCAUGCAAAAACAUAUCAGCUCAUUCGGCGGCAACCCAGAAGACAUUACCCUUGGUGGUCGUUCUGCGGGCGCUCAUUCUGUGGGGAUUCAUCAUUUUCACAACUAUGGCGAGGACGCUGGAAAGCCGUAUUUUGCUAGAGUUAUCCUUCAAUCCGGGUCCGUCACCGCGCGGUCGUUUCCAAAUGCUAGCUACCCUCUCUACGUCCGUCAAUUUGAGGAGUUUAUGACACACCUCCAUUGUCCCAUCGAUGACAAUGUAGCAGCUCUAGCCUGUUUACGUUCUGCCAAAUUAGCUGAUAUCAGGAAAAUUAGCAUAAAACUAUACGACGAUUCUCAGUACAAUAAUACAUGGCCAUUCCAGCCAACACAAGGGGGCCCAAUGCUAGAAAAGUUUGGUUCGCAGUCUGGUCUUGACGGUACUUUCUUCCACGUACCGACACUUAUGACCAGUGUCACGGACGAGGGGAGAUUCACUGUACCAGGUAAUAUGCAAACAAACGACGAGUUUUUGAAUUAUAUGCACAUCACUGCCCCGCUUCUGACUGCGGACGAGCUCCAGUCGCUGGUAAGUCUGUACCCAGAUCCUGUGGCAGAUGCUGCGUCUCCCUUCAAAGAUUCUCCGAGGGGAGUACAAUACGCUCGUGUAUCUGCGGCUUGGAGUGAUUAUGGAUAUAUCUGCCCGGUGCAAGAGACCGCAUAUAGGGUAUCCACCGCCGGCGUACCCACUUGGAAAGCUCGUUUCAACACCAACAACAGCUUCCCAGCUUGGCGCGGGAUUCCGCACGCGGCCGACGGGAGGUAUACUUGGCCCGAACCCAACGUGCAGCACCCAGAAAUCGGCCACGUGCAUCACGGAUACCUAUCCAGCUUCGUCGCAACUGGCGAUCCGAAUACGCAUAGGUACCCAGGUUCUCCUGAGUGGCCCAAGUAUGAGCCCGAGGGAUAUGGACUCGAUUCUAAACCAGCACUCCAGCUUGUCGUACAACCCCACGAUACCAAAGUCGAGCCGGACGAUAUUCGCCGCGAAGCCUGCCUAUUUUGGAGAGAUCCUAAGAGAGCGUCCCGACUGAACAAGUGAUUCGACACAUUCCUUCAAUUAUUGUAUUAAUACAUGCCAUUUUCUACAUAUAGGCUAUGAACUGUUGGCCUACUCCGGCACGUGAUCUGAAGCUGCGGAGAAGCGCAAUCCUAAGCUGACCUGGAAACGUUGCGAUAUAGGGUUAAAAUGGCGUGAUUUAGACUUAGAUUUAAAAUCUUAUAACAAUGGCUACAGCAUUUAGCGAGAUCCCGAUAAUAGAUCUUUCGCGGGCAGACGACAAAUCGGCUGAGCCUAGCUUACUAGAUAGUCUUCGGUAUGCUCUCACAGAAGUUGGCUUUUUAUAUGUGUCAAAUCACGGCGUCCCAGAAGUCGUUGUUGACGGGUUGGUGAAUGCAUUGCCUACACUUUUCGAACUAGAUAGGGACGCCAAGAAUUCUGUUGCGUUAGAGAAUUCGCCGCAUUUCCUUGGAUAUAGCGGCGUUGGUAGUGAAAACACAGGUGGUAAAGAAGAUCAGAGGGAACAGUUUGAAUUUGCUACGGAGCUUACAGCAAUGUGGCACCCUGGUCUCCCGUUGUACGAGCGUCUGCGGGGCCCCAACCAG